UCUGACUAUAUAAACCGUUCUCGGUUCGAAAUCUAAUCAGUGAUUCGUCUCUCAUUUCUCCGGGUUUUUUGUCCGACACUUGAAUACCUUUGCUCAAAAUGGUUUUCUCUCUAGUUGCCGUUUCUUGCCUUAUUGCUGUCGCCAGCGCAGCAGGCUACGGGCCAGGAGGUAUGGGAAUGAACGGCGGCAUGGGAGGAGACAUGAUGAACGGCGGCAUGGGAGGAGGCAUGAUGAACGGCGGCAUGGGAGGAGGUAUGAUGAACAGUGGCAUGGGAGGAGGCAUGAUGAACAGCGGCAUGGGAGGAAUGAACAAAAUGAUGAUGAUGAUGCCAGCUAAUGGAGGAAUGAACUCUAUGAUGAUGCCAUCUAUGGGCAGUAUGAUGAACGGAGGAAUGGGAGACGGCAUGGGCAAAGGUAGCAUGAUGAUGAUGCCAAUGGGAAUGAUGAAUAUGAUGGGCGGAAACAUGGGAGGAAUGAACGGUAUGAUGAUGCCAUCUAUGGGCAGCAUGAAGUCCGCUUCUUGA